AUGUGCGUAAUCCUUGUUUUAUUGGAAAAUUUGAACAAUCGUUUGAGCUUUUGUGCUACGUGUCUAGUGCACGGAAGCAUGCCCCCUUCGCCAUCACAACUGUCGGCAACAAGCUCUGCUGCGACUGCCGAAUCGCCUUCUACCAAUGAUUCGCGCGUUGUGGUGCUCGGAGUCGUUCUGGGCAUCGUAGCUGCAAUCCUGAUAGCUGGUAUCAUCUACAUGACGCUUCGCUUUCGUCGAAAACAAAGCGACUCGCCGGAUCCCUCUAAAGCAGAUCACCGACCGGGACCCUCGUACGGGACUUCUCUCUCUAGCAACCACUUCGCUGCCCGUAUCACCCCGUUUGGAGCCUUGGGAGCGGGAGGGGAAGCCCCGCAGUUCGGUGAGUAUUCCUAUCUUUCAGCUAGUCGACAUGCACCAAUCGUCCUUGCCCCUGCAUCAGCCCACAGACCGGGUGAAAACAUGCGUGUCGCGAUACGACGUGCGGAUGGUGGAUGGCAGUUCCUCGACCAGAGAUCUCCCCGUAGUCCAGGGAGCUUUGAUGUCCACGAUACACCCUUGCCCUCGCCUGCACCAUCCGCAACCUCCUUCAACACCCUUUCCUCCAGCUAUCCUCUUCUCCCUUCGGCAUCAACACAGAGUCUCUUGCCUCUACCGAUGUCUGCUAAGGAACGCGAAGCACAGAUGUACGCUGAACGAGCGCGUGGUUUGCGCCAGCUCGGUGUUCCCGAUACGGAAUACGCCGUAGACGACGUCCCGCCCCCUGCGUAUGUCCACGAUGGCCGCGAUGUCGUCCGAGGCAGACCCGGAACGGGCUCAGGAUCUCUCCCUCCGACGCCCCGUUGA